UAUUUAUAUUAUUUUAUUGUAAAAACCUUUUCUUUAACAUUUCUUUGAUGGUGAAAAAAUAACCCACAGAAGGAAAAUGUGACAAACCGAAAGGUUGUUAAAGGCUGGCGUUGUGUACAGUGACAGUUAGCUAUCCGGCGCCAAUAUUCUCUGUCUGAUUCUUCUCUCAACGCUUCUCUUAAAACCCAAACCAACCCAUUUUUUUCAAAAACUCAAGGGACACACUCUAGAAGUAUAGUCUUAAAUCUGCUCCGAGUUCACCCCAUCACUUCAAUUUCCCAUCUUCAUCAUGGAGAAUGGUUUCUCUUCCCCAAGAAACAACGAUACUUUUCCGGCUGGUCUUCGUGUUCUCGUUGUUGAUGAUGAUCCAACUUGGCUUAAGAUUUUAGAGAAGAUGCUCAAAAAGUGCUCUUAUGAAGUGACUACAUGUGGUUUAGCAAGAGAUGCUUUAAGUUUGCUUAGGGAACGGAAAGAUGGAUAUGAUAUUGUGAUCAGCGAUGUAAACAUGCCAGACAUGGACGGAUUCAAACUUCUCGAGCAUGUUGGGCUUGAGAUGGAUCUUCCUGUCAUUAUGAUGUCCGUUGAUGGUGAAACGAGUCGAGUGAUGAAAGGUGUUCAACACGGCGCCUGUGAUUAUCUCCUUAAGCCUAUAAGAAUGAAAGAACUGCGGAAUAUAUGGCAACAUGUCUUCAGAAAGAAGAUACAUGAGAUAAGAGAUAUGGAAAGUCAUGAAAGCAUAGACGCUGUUCAAAUGAUGAGAAAUGGUACAGAUCAUUCUGAUGAUGUGCAGUUCCUUAGUAUGGAAGACCUGACUUCGGUGAAGAAAAGAAAAGAUAUUGAGAACAAGCAUGAUGACAAAGACUUUAGUGAUACUUCUUCUACAAAAAAAGCUAGGGUAGUAUGGUCUGUUGAUCUCCAUCAGAAGUUUGUAAAGGCAGUUAAUCAGAUUGGAUUCGACAAAGUUGGUCCCAAGAAAAUACUCGACCUGAUGAAUGUGCCGUGGUUGACAAGAGAAAAUGUUGCUAGCCACUUGCAGAAGUAUCGCCUCUACUUGAGUAGGCUACAAAAGGAAAAGGAGAAUGAUCUGAAAUCUUCUUUUGUAGCAAUGAAGCAUAAUGAUCCUAAAGAUCCUCAAGGAAGCUUUGGCCUUCAGAACUUAAUGAACACACACCAAAAUGAUGUUGUAAAUGGUGGUUACAAAUUUUCUGUCAAUAAUGUACUAGUUCAGAAUGUGGAUCCUACCAACCAUGAAAGUGAAAGCAUUGUUUCAGAGCCAACAACAGAACCUAAGAGAGCCUCAGCCAGUCGCCUUCCUGACCCUCUCAAGACCAAGAAUUCACAAAUGGUCUUCAACCAUUCUUUUGCCCCACUGGAAUCUGAAGUGAACCUCACAGCAUUUGGUUCCACGAUUCCAACAAAUUAUUCUUGGAGUGAAGUUCCUGAUAUCCAAUUUAAGCAAGAACAUAAGCCACUUAUACAGCCAGAGAAUGGGUUCAGCAAGCUGCCAGUUCUUGAUCCUCCGCCUCACAUCCAUGUUGAUCAACUUCAAUCUAUUCCAUCCAUUAGUUCGAAGCCCACUACGAUAGAGAGAGGCAUUACUGGACCCAUUAAGAGUAAACCUCAGAAUAUUGAGUAUGGAAGCAAUCAAGUGAACUGUGUAAGCUCGACAGUAAGUACAAUUGACUCUUUUCAGAUUAGACCAGAUAUGGCAAAUCAUCAACCUCUGGAACCCAUUUACACUAAUUCAUCAAGCAUGAAAACUCAAAUCUUCAACCUGAGUUGCCUUACUGACUUGGAAUCAACCCAGAGAACGCAAACCUUGGGAAAUGGGUCACCGUAUGUCUCUUUCGAUGAUGAGUUGCCAGUUUUGUUUCAAAACGAUUGUUAUGGCAUGAAUCUUGGACUUCAUAAUGUAGAAUUUUCAGAGUACAAUGCUGCUGGGCUCAUCAAUGAAGUUCCUAGUCACCUGUGUGAUUCACUGAGGAUUGGCUACGAGUAUCCAUGUGACCCAACGGAAUACUCUGUAAUAGAUCAAGGAUUAUUCAUUCAUAGCAUGACAUGAUCCUGCACUUCCCAAUCCUUUUUGCACAUCUUCAAUGAAGAAUGAUGUUUUGCUAUUCUGUUUCCUAGACCCGUAAAGACCAGUAUUCGAGCGGAGAGAGUCAAGUUAAUGGAUUUGGGACACUGUUUCUCUAACCUGUUAUUUGGCUGUUGGAAUGUGUAUAAAUAGGAGUGAUGGCAAACAUUAAUAAGCUUGCUUUUAUUAUAUGACAGCCAUUAUAGGAUCUGCAUUAGAUUUCUUGUAUCUGUUCGUGUGUAGGAAAAGUAUGCCACUGGAGAGUGUUAUUAUAGCAGGGUAUUAAAAUGGGCGUUUCUUCCAUUAAUCCUGAAGUAAAUUAACUGCAAAAAAUCAGGGUGCUUUUUUUUUAAUUUAUUUAUUAUUAUUACUGUUA